GGUGAGGCCACCAAAAUGGCAAUUGACAUAGGAUUCCGUCACAUUGAUGCAGCACACUUCUAUCAAAAUGAGGAGGAGGUUGGAAAGGCCAUUCGAGAGAAGAUUACCGAUGGUACUGUGAAGAGGGAGGACAUAUUCUACACCACCAAGCUUUGGGCUACUUUCCAUCAACCAGAAUUGGUUCAACCAGCCCUGGAAAGAUCACUGAAGAAGCUUCAACUGGACUAUGUAGAUCUCUUCCUUAUGCAUAUGCCAUUCGCUAUGAAGCCUGGGGAGGAACUUCUGCCAAAAGAUGCCAAUGGGAAAAUCAUUUUAGAAACAGUGGACAUAUGUGACACCUGGGAGGCCAUGGAGAAGUGUAAAGACGCAGGAUUAACCAAGUCCAUCGGGGUGUCCAAUUUCAAUCACAAGCAGCUGGAACUGAUCCUGAACAAACCAGGGCUCAAGUACAAGCCCGUCUGCAACCAGGUGGAAUGUCACCCUUACCUCAACCAGAGCAAACUCCUGGAGUUCUGCAAGUCCAAGGACAUUGUUCUUGUUGCCUACAGUGCCCUGGGAUCCCACAGAGACCCAAACUGGGUGGAUGUGAAUAGCCCACAUCUCUUGGAGGACCCAAUAUUGAAGAUCAUUGCCAAGACACAAGAGAACCCCAGGACAGGUUGCCUUGCGCUACCUGCUGCAGCGGGGGGUGGUGGUCCUGGCCAAGAGCUUCAAUGAGAAGAGAAUCAAAGAGAACUUCCAG